CCUGCUCCUCCAUCCUCUCCGGGGAAAGGACGCCCCAGUGGCUCCACCGAGCAGCCUCCUGGGAAGAUGCAGCCACUCCUGCUCCCGCUGCUGCUGGCCUGUUUGCUGCUCCCCAGGGCAGAGGCAGGAGAGAUCAUCGGGGGACAUGAGGCCAUUCCCCACUCCCGACCCUACAUGGCAUUUCUAUGGAUAUCAGGUCAGAAAUCUGAGAGCUGGUUUGGUGACAAAUUCCAGCCAUUUCACAACAAGAGGCGUGUUUGUGGUGGUUUCCUGAUUCGAGAGGACUUUGUGCUGACAGCCGCUCACUGUAAAGGGAGCUCAAUCAACGUCACCCUGGGAGCCCACGACAUCACCAGGCAGGAGAGGACCCAGCAGAACAUCCCUGUGAAGAGAGCCAUCCCCCACCCAGAUUAUAAUCUUAGGACCAAAGCCAACGACAUCAUGUUGCUGCAGCUUCAAUGGAAGGCCACAUUGAACACCAAUGUGAAAACCAUCAGGCUGCCCAGAAAGAACAUAUCAGUGAAGCCGGGGAAGGUGUGCACUGUGGCCGGAUGGGGGCGCUUAGGCGUCACUGCCCAGAGUGCACAUAAACUGCAGGAGGUAGACCUUGCAGUUCAAAAGAACAGUGUUUGCCUCCAUUUCUUCAAAGACAGUCAUUACAACAACAGCAUCCAGAUAUGUGCGGGAGAGCCGGAAACAACAAAGUCUUCAUUUAAGGGUGACUCCGGGGGCCCCUUGGUGUGUAACAAGGUGGCUCAGGGAAUCGUCUCCUUCGGGCACAGGAAUGGGAAGCCUCCAUGUGUCUUCACCAGGAUCUCAAGCUUUGUGCCCUGGGUAGAAGAAACAAUGAGACAAGUCACACUGCAGGGACCAGGCUGA